UGAUGUACAGGGAUCUGCUGGUGCUGUUCGGCGGAUGGACUCGGCCCAGUCCAUACCCGCUCCACCAGCCCGAGCGCUUCUUCGACGAGAUACACACCUACUCACCCUCCAAGAACUGGUGGAACUGCAUCGUGACGACUCAGGGGCCGCCGCCGAUGGCAGGACACUCGUCCUCCGUGAUGGGCGGCACUAUGGUGGUGUUCGGAGGCUCUCUGGGUGCGCGGCAGAUGAGUAACGAGGUCUGGGUUCUGGAUCUGGAGCAGUGGUCCUGGUCCAAACCGGCCGUCAGCGGCCUGUGUCCUCACCCUCGCGGGGGACAGUCUCAGAUCGUGAUCGACAGCGAGACACUGCUGAUUCUGGGAGGCUGCGGUGGACCGAACGCUGUGAGUAUCUGCUGAGCGUGUGUGUGAGAGUGUGUGUGAGAGUGUGUGUGAGAG